AUGCAGCACGAAUCUUCUGUUAAUAUCAGCCCGAUUAAAGCCUUGAACCCCUAUCAAAAUAAGACGAUUAAGGGGCGUGUAACAAACAAGAGGAAGAUGCAUCAAUAUAGUACACCAAAGUCCACUAGCCAAGUGUUUAGUUUUGACAUGAUAGAUGAUGAAGGUACUGAAAUUAGCAUAACUUGCUUUGGCGAUGUAGCAGAGAUGCAUUAUCAUAGGGUUGAAGCAAGAACAUAUUAUACUGUAUCAAAAGGUUGCAUUAAAGAAGCUGACACAAAAUGGAACAAGCUUAACAGUCAUCUUGAGAUAACUUUGGACAACAAUUCAGUAUUGAAGUGUUGUGAAGCUGUUGUUGAUAGUCAAGGAAAUAAUUCGCCAUUCACACCGAUUAAUGAAAUUACAUACUACACCAACAACACUUUAGUUGAUGUUAUUGGUAUUGUAGUUGUUGUUGGUGAACCCUCAUUAAUUCGCAGAAAAGAUGGCAGCGAAGUAACAAAGAGAAUUGUCAAAAUAAAUGAUGUCUCAACUUUUACUAUCAAUGUUAAAUCAUGGGCAACAACAUGGCAAGCGGUAGGUGAAGAUUUGAAGAACAUGCAUGCAACCCAAACAACUGUUGUCCUUGCAGUCAGAAAUGCUCGGGUUGGUUAUUUCAAUGGAAAGAUGAAGCUCCAAGAUCAUACAGACACUCUUUGGGCUACUGGCUUUGAUGAGGUUGGCACAAAUUUGCUGCAAAUAUCUGCCAAGGACCUUUACAUGCUGCAGUACGAUUUAACUACAAAGAGAACACCUCAGACUAUUAUCAAGAGAGUCCUUUUAUCUUGCUUUGUUUUCACACUUUCUGUUACAACAAACAUGUACAAUUCAGAGCCCAGGCUCAAAGCAACAAUUACCAAAGUCACAAAUAUCAAUUUCCAGGCUGAAUGUACUCUUCUGCUUGCAGAGAUUGCUCGGACGAGUAUAGCUGCAGCGUUCCAGACCAAUUAG